AUGCGAGAGACGAUAUUUGAUUUCCCUGGGCGCGAGUACAGGCCGCCGAGGUCGUGGUUGGGGACGGGGGGGGAGGCGCGGAAGGGGAAGGAACGGCGGCGACGCGCGCCGCACGCGAGCGUGCGGGAGGUGCUGCGGAUGUGUCGGGAGACGCAGGGCGCGGACGAGGCGCCGAGGGAGAAGGUGUUCGGGGAAGCGGCGGCGUCGCCGGAAAAGCGACGGGCGCCGCGGACGGCGAAUCCGUUGGCGGAGUUGGCGGAGAAGGAGAGGGCGCGCGCGGAGGCCAAGGCGAAGUCAACCGCCGAGGGCGCGGGCGGCAAGACGGCGGCGGCGACGACGGUGGUGAAGAAGAGACGAAAGGAUUUAGCGAACGAAAAGGCUGGGAAUCACUUGGCGCUCGUGAGUUGGAUCGGCGAAGGGAAGAAGGAUGGCGUCAGGCGCGAUAGAACGUUUUACGAAGGCUUCCGUCGCGAGGGCGUCGAGUUCAGAAACGGCGACUGCGUCUACUGCCUCCCCGAGCGCACGACGGAGAACAUGUACUUGGCUCAAAUCCAGCGAUGCUUCGAGGACGACGAUAAAUCGAUGAUGAUCGAGUGCUGUUGGUUCAUGACGCAAGACGAGGUGCGCGCGUGGGGCGGCGACCUUCCGCCGUCGACCGAGCCCGAAGAAAUCUUCCUCGGCACCUCCGUGGACGUCAACCCGAUCGCCGCGCUCGAGGGUUUGGCUCCGGUUAUGACCCACGACGCUUUCACCGCGCCCGCGCCCGCGCCCGCGUCCGCGUCCGCGCGCGCGUCCUCCGACGACCUCGAGCGUCGUCUCUUCGCUCGCAAGUGUUACGUCCCCGUGCGCGGUUACGACGCCAAGAGCAAGAAUCCCGCCCAGCGCAAAUCCGGCGCGUUCCACCCGCUCGAUCACGUCCCGGGUCGCGGUUUCGUCGUUCUCUGGCCCUCUUCCAAGAAGAAGAAGCGCAAGCGUUAG